UGUUUUCUGGCGGGAUCCAGGCAGUGAGAUGGCCGAGACAGCUCCUUCCCCGGCGCCUCCGCCGGCAGAAACCUCUUCCAAGAAGAAACAGCCGAAGAAGCCGGCAGCUGCAAAAAGCCGUCCUGUGAAGUCCGGUCCCAGUGUCUCCGAGCUGAUUGUGAAAGCGGUCUCUGCGUCCAAGGAGCGCAGCGGAGUGUCUCUCGCAGCUCUUAAAAAAGCACUCGCUGCUGGCGGCUACGACGUAGAAAAGAAUAACAGCCGCCUGAAGCUCGCUCUCAAGGGUCUGGUGUCUAAAGAGACCCUGAUCCAGCUGAAAGGAAGCGGUGCCUCUGGCUCUUUCAAGCUGAACAAGAAGCAGCUGGAGAGCAGAGAGAAGACAUCAAAGAAGAAGGAAAUUCCCGUAAAGCCUAAAAAAGUAGCCUCUAAGAAGGUUGUGAAGUCGCCCAAGAAAGCCCCUGCAGGAGUGAAGAAAAGCCCGAAAAAGAUCAAGAAACCGUCGGCCGCUGCCAAGAGUCCCAAGAAGCCUAAGGUUGUUAAAGCGAAGAAAGCUGGCAAGAGCCCAGCUAAGAAGGCCACAAAGCCCAAGGCAGCCAAAAGCCCCGCUAAGCCCAAGGCUGCCAAAAGCCCCGCUAAACCCAAGGCUAAAAAGGCAGCCCCCAGAAAGUGAGAAGGGGGGGCGUGGGUUUUGGAGCGCCUCUGGUGUGUGCUUUCCCACUUAAUUCCUCACACAAAAGGUUCUUUUCAGAACCAUCA